GUUACUUCCCUUUAAAGAUGAGCGCUCACCGAAAGUAAACACGGGCAUGUUCCAUUUCCAGUUCAUUGAGCGCUGAUCAACAUGGACGAAGUGCCUCGUGUUGUAGGCAGAUGUCAGACCAUGUGCCCGAUGGAAGAAUUCAAAAUGAGAGAGCGGGAGGGUCUACUGCAUCAACUGGAACUGCCCCAAGGGAAGAAGUCUGUCGGCAGAGGUCGAGGUCGGGGUCGGGGUCGGGGUCGGGCCAGACCUCGAGGUGACCUGACCUCUGCUGUGAAGGAAUACUCCCGCCCGGCUGCUGGUCGUGCUGACCCCGACCCUUGUGCUUUGCGACCUCCCCGAAUUCUUCACCAAACCAUCAGCUUCCUGUUCACAAAUAUAAUUUCCCUGCACCACACUCAGAAAUCCGGGUGGAACGAGGUGUAUGACUUUGUGUUUGACCGUCUGAGAGCCAUCCGACAAGACAUGGUUAUCCAGGACAUCAAAGGUCAUGAUGCCAUCACUAUCCUGGAGGCCUGUGUCAGCUUCCAUGUGUAUGCUGCAUAUAGGUUGUGUGAACAUGGUCUGGACACCUAUGAUCCCGCGAUCAACUCACAGCACACACAGGAGUGUCUGAAGAGGCUACUGUAUCUGUACUCACACACAGACACAGGACAGAUGGACGACGCAGACACCAGACAGAGUUCAGACGAUCGGCGGAGAGGUGUCAGACAUGUGUCUGAUCAGACAGGAGGCCGACAGGCUGAUUGUAGUCCAGCUGACAACAGACACGCAAACAUCAGACACACAGACACAGACAAUGGUAGAUCUGGUCUGACUCAUUUGGAGGAUGGUCUGAGAUGGUGUAGUUUAUCAGACACAGAAUCUCGUAACAGACACACAGACACAACAACAGACAAUGCUCACCCAAGACAGGCAGAGUUCGAGAGUGUGUACCUCCUAUAUAACCUCGGAGACACAGACGCACUCAGACACUUCCUGCAGCUUCCUAAGUCUUUAAGAUGUCACCAGCUGUGCCAUAUCGCCUACCAAAUCAGCAUCAGCUAUCUGCUCGGCAACACGCUACGAGUCCUCCGCCUCGCUGCCCGGCUUCCCAGCAUGCUGUGUCUGUGUGCCCUGCACCGCCAUCUUGCCAACAUACAGUCGUAUGGCCUAAAGACCCUGUGUACAGCAUACAGCAGCAAAAACUGUAGUUUCCCCGUGAGUCGACUCAUCCAGCUGCUGGGGUGGGACACAGAGGCAGAGGCGGAGGUGGCGUGUCGGGAGCAAGGCCUCACAGUCAAGGAUGGGAGGGUUGGCUUCCUCAAGGCAAACUUCACACCUGUUGAAAAGACCCGGUCUGUGAGAUGGGAAUUCCUGGAGAGCAAGCUUUGCUGUGUGUCACUGCCACAGCUUCUUCUGGGAGACGCAUGUCAAGAGACACUGCUACUAACAACACUGACGUCUGAUACUCCAACUAACAACAGUGACGCCUGACCCUCCCACUAAGAACAGUGACAUCUGACACUCCUACUAGCAACAGUGACGUCUGAUGCUCCUACUAAUAACAGAUGACACAGCGAUGACAACCUGUUGAACAGAAGUCUGAUGAUGACGGCUCAAAAUAGUGACAUCAUUCAGUUUGAUGUACACACCAUUUUGAAAGAGAACAAGCAAUGCACUCAGUGACUUCGAGUUUUUCUACCACAUGAAUGCUUUUGUAUCUUUGAAUUUUAAAAGUUGAAUGAUUCUAAGGGGAGAGUUUUAAGCCCAUUCAUGAAAUUGAUCUUGUCUUUCAGUUACUGAAGCUUUGUUUCUACUCGCAUGGGAACUGUCCGUGAAACGGCUAAGGUGACAUUUGAUCUCAUGGUAUCAGAAUUGCUGCUAGCGUUUGUAAGAAAAUAUAUUUGAAAUAAUGACAUUUUUAAUUCUAUUUACAAUAGGAUGUGUCUUUAGAAGCCACAGGUGGUCAAGUAUGAAGGGUGCUUCAGGUUCACACGAUCAGGUUCACAUGAUCGAGUUCACAUGAUCGGGUUCACAUGAUCAGGUUCACAGCUGGGACUAAUUACAAUGUCUGCAGUGUUUGUUUGUCAGUUGGUUAACGUCGCACUCAGGAAUAUUCCAGCUAUAUGACUGCAGUCUGUAAAUAAUCAAGCCUGGACCAGACAAUCCAGUGAUUGACAUCAGGAGCAUCGAUCCACA